AUGGGGACGAAUGCAAAGAAAGUUACGAAGAAGAAGAGUUUGAAAAGGGUCAAUGCUAUUAAUAAUAAACCAUCUGAGUAUUUGAUGUUUUUCUUCUCUCGUAUGUUGCUUUUUGGUUGGUUUGUCACCCUUCCUGGUGGUUUUCAUGGUGGUGUUAAUAUUGGGUCUUUUGUGGUGGUGUUCGUGGUGGUUUUUGGUGGUGAUGCUCGUGGUGGCUGGUGUUGGUUUUUUAUGACAAUCUGUGAUGGCCUUGAUGACUUCUCAGCACUCCAACCGACAUGUGGGAGGCCAUUAGGAUGGAGUUUCAAUAAUCAGACAGGCGAUUUGUAUAUAGCCGAUGCUUAUUAUGGACUACAUGGAGGUAAAGCAACCCAAUUAGUUGGACCUGCACAAGUCAAUUCUACUGUGUUGGAUGUAGACCCAAACACUGGAAUCGUUUAUUUUACCAUAGCUAGCGCUAAAUUCCAGCUCAAGGAUUUCCGCACACUGGUAGACAGUGGAGAUCAUUCAGGAAGCCAGUUGAGAUAUGAUCCUAGCACCAACCAAACAACAGUGUUGCUAAGCAAUCUUGCAGUGCCAACUGGUGUGGCAAUAAGUAGAGAUGGCUCAUUCGCACUUGUUAGCGAAUUUCUAACCUUCAAAGUUUGGAAAGUGUGGCUGAAAGGACCAAGAGCAAAUUCAUCAGAAUUAUUCAUGCUACUUGCUGGAAGACCAAAUAACAUUAAGAGGAACUCAAGAGGCCAAUUUUGGAUUUCAGUGAAUAGUUUUUUAGCGGCUCCAAGACGUACGACUUUGCCUACAGGAGUCAGAGUGACUGAGAAUCGUUUAAUUUUACAGAUUGUAUCUCUUCCUGCUGAGCAUGGUACUCAACCAACUAGUGAGGUUCAAGAGUACAAUGGAACACUAUGGUGGUUCCCCCUAAAGUUUUUCACUCAUUUGCUACAUUUGUAUUGCUAUGAAGAAAAAAAAAUACAUGGGGACUAA